UUCUGUCGUCACAGGGCCUGGUUAGUGAAGUGUAAGAAAAAAACAAUACACCUAAACCUGUUUGGUCAGUGCGAGGUGCUGCUUUAAAGUCACUGCGUUUCUUUUAUUUACCGACAUACAAGCUAGUAGGUUUUCUGAUCCUAUACAAAAGUUUCUCAUAUUGAUUUACUAGCGUUAAACGCGAGGAUGGCUUUCUUUGGGAAAUUGUUUGGUAGCAGUGGCAAAGGAGGUAAAGCUCCCAGUCCUCAAGAGGCUAUCCAGCGGCUUCGUGAUACAGAGGAGAUGCUAACGAAGAAACAAGAAUUUCUGGAAAAAAAGAUUGAACAGGAACUUCUUACGGCAAAGCGAAACGGCACAAAGAACAAAAGAGCUGCACUACAAGCAUUGAAGCGCAAGAAGAGAUAUGAGAAGCAGUUGGCUCAGAUUGAUGGAACAUUGUCCACCAUUGAGUUCCAGAGGGAGGCACUGGAAAAUGCCAACACUAACACUGAGGUCAUCAAGAACAUGGGCUUUGCCGCUAAGGCCAUGAAAGCUGCUCAUGAUAACAUGGACAUAGACAAAGUUGACGAGCUCAUGCAGGAUAUUACGGAGCAGCAGGAGUUGGCACAAGAAAUCUCAGAUGCAAUUUCAAAGCCUGUUGGGUUUGGCGAGGAGUUUGAUGAGGAUGAGUUGUUGGCUGAAUUAGAAGAGUUGGAACAGGAAGAGCUAGACAAGAACCUGCUAGAGAUUGGAGGCACAGAGAAUGUACAGCUGCCAAAUGUACCCUCUACAUCCCUACCUUCUAGACCAGCAGGAAAGAAAAAGGAAGAGGAAGAGGAUGAUGACAUGAAGGACCUGGAGGCUUGGGCAGCCAAUUAAUGCCUGCUGUUGGUCACCAAACAUCCCCAACACCACACUUUAACAGAAGCAACUGGUCAAACAAGACAUAUUUCAUGGUCUGUUUUUUGGACUGAUGAAUAUGGAAGAGAAAUUUAAAAAAAAAAUGCUGUGACUAUGAAACAAAUACUAGUACUCAAAAUACAUCUUGCCACACUUUUAGGAAUUCAGCACAAAUGAUUUCAUCAAGCAUGAUAAAUAUUAAGCUGCAUAUGUCUCAAUGCUCUUCCUCAUUGGUGGACCUAGAAAAAAAAAGUUUUCUGGAAGGCUCUGUUGUGUGAAGUAUUUAUCCAGAACUUCUCAAACACUCCCAUGUAUAAUAUUUUAAACGGGAAAUUGAACAUAUUAUACAUGUACAUCCAUAAAACAUUUACAUUCAUUUUAAAGGUUUACAAUUUAUCUGUUUCUUCUUCCAGGUUACAAAAACACUAAUUUCUUUAUGAAAAUUGGAUCAUUUUUUCCCCUGUUGUAUUAAGCAGAAGUAGAAGAGUGCUUGAGUGGAAUAGUCAUACGCAUGACCAAAGCUCAUCAAGCAUAUUUAUGUGCUGGUUUUGAAAAAAUUCUCUUGAAGUGCCCUCUUUGUAAACAACUUUUGAAACAUGCAUUGUGAAUUACACUUUUCUGAUAUCCUUGUGAAAGCAUGUAUCUGAAUGAUAUAAAUGCUACUAAUUAUUUCAUGAUUUACUUUACGAGGCAGUUCUAGAUUCCCAAGGAAUGAUGAACGUGUGUCUGCAUUUUAAGUAUGAAUGUGUGUUCCUCAGAAGGGGUUGGUGAUACAGAUUUAUUAAAUAUAAUUUGUGUGUGUGUUAUGCUUCUGAAUUCAUCUUGUCAUCUUGUUUUUGUUUGUUUGUUUUCCUUAAGUUUUUUUCCUCCUGUUUGAAAGGGUAUAUUUUAAAGCAGCAAUUUAUGGCACUUGUACGGCAUUUAGAUUUAUUGACAUUAGUGUUUAUUUUAUGUGCAAAGCUACUCAUUUUUGCUGGUACAUGCAGCUGUACCUUUGUACUAAAGGUUUUGCUAAAUGACUUAUAUUCUUGAAACUUUUGCUGAAAGUUUUCAUUUAAUUUGACCCUGAUUUGAGUGUUGAAAAUGAUUUCAUGGUGUAAAAUUGUUUUCCAUCAACCAUAAAUCAUGUUGGAUAUGUGUUGAUUAGAAUAUUGUUUGAAAAGCAGAAACCAAAUGGAAUAUCUACCCCAUUGACUUGACUUUUUUUUUUUUUUUUUUACAUACAAAUCUCCAUGGAAUAAUAUAUUGGUUUGUCCACUACAUACACACGGUGAAGAGCUUGUAACAGCUUGAUGACUGGUUUAGGUUGUGGUUUUGUUUGUUUGUUUGUUUGUUUGUUUGUUUGUUUUUUUUGUUUUUUGUUUUGUUCUUGGUGAAGGACACUCCUGAACCAGCUUAGUGUCUGUAACAAUGCAGACUCAUUUGUACAGGAUGAAAACAUUUUUGUUUUCAUUACCUUGUUGGAUUUAUUACUGUUAUUAAACUGUAUUGAAUGA